AUGGCGGCCGCAACUGUCCUGCUGGCAGCCAUACUGGUGCUGUCCCUGUCCUACUGCUGUGCGGCGUCCGCCGCCACCACCGUGACGGCGGCGGCGGAGUCGGACCGCAUCGACAGGCUGCCGGGCCAGCCGCCGGUCAACUUCUCCAUGUACUCGGGCUACGUCACGGUCGACGCCGCCGCGGGGCGGGCGCUCUUCUACUGGCUCAUGGAAGCCUCCGGCGUGCCGGCGCACUCGGCGCCGCUCGUGCUCUGGCUCAAUGGCGGGCCCGGGUGCUCCUCUGUCGGCUACGGCGCUAUGGAGGAGCUCGGCGCCUUCCGCGUCAACCCCGACGGCGAGACGCUCUCCUUGAACCCCUACGCCUGGAACAAAGGCCACUAUGUCCCUCAACUGUCUCAGGUAGUGUACCGAAACAACAAAGGAACCUUAAACUUGAAAGGCUUCAUGGUUGGAAAUGCGGUAACUGACGUUUACCAUGACUACAAGGGCACAUUUGAGUAUUGGUGGACACAUGGGCUUAUCUCCGAUGAAACUUAUGUGAAGUUGUGGGAGGCUUGUAAAUAUGAUGUGUCUGAGCACCCCUCUGAGGAAUGUAAAAAAAUCUUUGAAGUUGCCGAGGCUGAGCAAGGGAAUAUUGAUUCAUACAGCAUCUACACGCCUACUUGUAAUAAGACUUCAUUGCAUAAGCGCAGGCAAAUAAGGGGAAGAAUGCCCUGGUUGCCCAGAGGAUAUGAUCCCUGCACCGAACUGUACUCCACAAACUACUACAACUUACCCGAGGUGCAGGAAGCUUUCCAUGCCAAUGUUACUGGAAUACCAUAUGCGUGGAUAGGCUGCAGUGACCCAAUAUAUGAAUAUUGGAAAGAUUCACCAGGGUCCAUGCUUCCUAUUUACCGUGAACUUAUCUCGGCGGGCCUAGGGAUAUGGGUCUUCAGCGGCGACACAGACUCUGUCGUCCCCCUCACUGCUUCAAGAUACUCCAUUGAUGCGCUAUCUCUACCAACGAUCACAAAGUGGUAUCCUUGGUACUACGACAAAGAGGUUGGUGGAUGGUGCCAAGUGUAUCAGGGUUUGACGCUGGUGACGGUCCGAGGUGCAGGUCAUGAGGUUCCCCUCCACCGUCCACGGCAGGCCCUGAAGCUCUUUGAGCACUUCCUGCGAGACGUGCCCAUGCCCAAGCCUGUUGAGAGUGUCCAGUCAUACUAG